UGAUGGAGUCGGUGGCUACUUACUUUUUCGUACGGCUCGGUGAGGCAGUAUGCCAGUUGGAAUAUCUUGAGCGUAGAACAAAAUCUGUGGAUAGAAGUUUGAUAUUGAUUGCAUCUUGAGCGAUAUUUUGCUUUGUUGAAGAAUCCGUUCCGUCUAGGACAUCAACAUCCGUUUGAAGCAUGCAUCACGAGAUUCUAGUCCUAGUCGAGUAUUUUCAGUUUUUUCCAAUUAAAUUUCACCGCAGUGGUCACAGGAGAUUGAGACCACGAAGACACACUCAACCGAGAAUUAUUUCACUAUACAUGUAAGUUUACAUCCAUUGUAGUUGUUUUUUGAGCUCUGCCUGUUUUCGUCAUCCCCUCCCGAAAUUAUAAAGGAGCACUGUACUCGAUUAAACAUAGAUUUGAUUUCUUUUUUUGUUUUCCCCCAGCAUCUUCAAUCAUGACGAGGACAACCUCCACUCCUCAUCAAUCAAUCUCGUCCUCCCCGGCAACAUCCACCAGCCCCAUGAGACUGCGAGCUACUGUCCGCUUUUCACAGCGGAAAGUCCCCUCGCACCCCCCGCCCGCCCAUCGUGCUGUGGUGACGAACAUGCUCCUUGGCCUGCUCGCCUGCGAUGGCCCCCUACCCGCAAUCGCAGUGUGGGAUCGGCUUUUCGGGAAAGGAGCGUGGGAUCGGGAUCUCGGGCAGGUGUUUUCCUCCACGACAAGUGGAAGCGAGGAGAAGAACACUGGAGCUGCCACGCCGUCGUUAUCUCCCCGGAGCGCAGCAGCACCUGCACCGACUGAAGAAGUUCAUCCCGUAGCUCCGCCUCAACACAAAUACCGGCUCCGGGGUUCCAAGGCUCGCUUUGCGUCUGGCUCUGGUUCGUCUGGAGUGGCCGUGGGGGAAAAUCAAGUCGGCAGCACGACCACGACGUCGAACAUGGAGAAGGACUCGCAGCCCCCGCCGAGCUCCGCUCUGCAAAAGGACGAAAAUAACGCCAGCGCCGAUCUUUCGGAUGCCGAGCCGCUCUCGCCAGGGACCACGAGCCUCGACGAGCAGCAGCAGCAGGAGGAGACAACUGCUGGUGCGACUGGUCCACGUGAUGCUCACCCUUCUGGGACGACGUCAGCAAGCUCUUUCAUGAUCGCGCAAGAAAAAAAACAAGAUCUUCACGAUCCGCUCGUCUCUGGCUCAGUCGGUGAGGAGAGCAUGGUGAACAGUGCGAACAAAGAGGAGGCUGUGAAAACUGAAACAGCUGCGGAGACGAGCAGCAACAAGGACGCGGCGGAAAAAUCAUCUUCAACGGUAGGAACAACUAUUAUUUUUUUACAUGUCCACCUAUUCCCAGUGCAGCAACCAAGUGCAAUGAAUUGGAAGAUCCGCAACCUCAAUUUUAUUGAUGAACGAAAGAAGAUGGUGUUGAUACUCUCUAGGUCCUUUUUUUACUUCUUGUUCUUGUUUACGAAUGUGAUACUGUCAAGAAAAAGAUAAACCACACUUCUGAUGCAGGUGGUUUUGAAAGAAAAAACAAACACGGCGACGGCAGCACAACCCGAACAUCAAGAAUCGGUGGCCACAUCAACCUCACCCUCAUCCGCUUCCAGUUCGUUCGUCGCGAAGAAAGGUGGUGAAGGCGACGAGGUCGAGGAGAAGAACAUGAACAAAAAGCUGCCGGGGGUGACGGAGAUGGAGAAGGGUACGUCGGGGACAAGUUCCUCCUUCGCUCAAAUAAAUCGACACCAGGUUUUGCACCACGGCCAGCGUGCUCCGCCGGCCGGCUUACCAGCAGGGCCCCUGCCACAACUACCCGUCAGCAAGAGGGCCCUAGCAAAACAAGCAGCUACCUCUGCGGCCAGGACAACUAUGGAAGCACUCCGGGGCGCCAAAAACUUCGCCAAAGCGACGAGAAAGGGAGUUGUAAAUUCCUCGGCGUGGAAGGGCGCAAAAGAGGUCGGCAGUGAGCUCAUUGAUGAUCUCAAAAAAGGAGAGAUACAACAAGGGAUUGCAAAGGUUGGAAGAAAGGGUCUCCACGCGGCCGAAAAACAGCAAAUUGCCAAGCUAAAGCGUGAAAGGGAGUGGCUGGAAAAGCGAGUGGACAUACUGCGGAAGCACGUUAUUGGCGUUGAUGGGAAAGACAAAGAGACCACUGAAAAAGGCGAGAAGACCACGCUUUUCCGUGUCAGGAAGUGCCUCUUCGCCUCAGUAGACAGCUUCAACUUGAAUGGCGUUGGCGUGGACUGGAGCUUCAAUUUUGGAAGUCUUGGAUGUAUCAUGGCAGACGAGCGCACAUCCCGUGCCAGGCACACCUCCCAGCCGAGAGAGCUUCUUUAAAAUUUCGUUAGUUAUUUCUAUACACCCUUCGGAGGUUUUUUCAAAAGCAAGCGAAAUGAUGUCUGCCACUUCUCCUUUGCAUGGAUGCAUGAACAAUUCGAGCACAGACCACCAGCUCAUUGGGGAUUCUUGCCACUGUGGUCGACAGUGCAGCUCCGCGAAAACAAAACACAACGAAAGAAGCUGCCUAAUUGCGGCUUGAGGUGUGCUAGCACACCAUCUUUCUCCUCCAUACAAAUUGGGAUACCAAUAGAGCACUACUACGUUACCUUCGAACUACCGGACCAACAGCAACACGAACCCAAGGAGAUUGUUGUAGAAUAUGGAGGCGGGAUCGAAGGGACGGAAACUGGUGUUAAUGUUUACGAGGAGGGGGACUAUCCGAAGGAAAUGGUCGACCCCACAACAAAGCAGGUUCUGAAAGAACUAGGAUUCGACGAGGCCCGCAGCGGAAGAAUGAAGUCCAAGGUUUGUUUGCAAGUGCUUGAGACAGCUCUGAAGGCUGCCACGAAAUGGAGUAUCGCGGAUAAAAAAUUGCGGAGCGCAGGACCGAGACUUGGAAUGGUUAUGGAAGAUGGAGGCAAGGAGCUCGUCAAAGCCCAAAGGCAGGUGACUGACGCAAAAACUCUAAUACAGAAGCUCAAUCUGAAAAAACCCGAGGGCCAAGAACCUUCGGACAACUUUGUGCUACAACUACGAGGGUUCAAAGACGUGCACGAUGUGACGAAAUUCGCGGACGAUGUUGCCAGAGGGAAAGGCUUCACUAGGGAAGGUUACAGUGCGUUCCAGCCCUACGGGUACAACUGCCAAACGUUUGCCAAUGAUAUCACCAACGUGGUGCUAUGGGUCGCAAACUAAGUAUGUCUGAGUGGAGGUCCGUCUCCGUGUCUGCAAUUUGAGGCGUCUGGGUGCUGCUCUUUUGAUGCUUCUGCCUGGAGUUCGAGUUAUUCUUAUUUUGAUUUUCAUAUACAGUCGUGUGGAAAGCGAAAGAUGAAAUAAACGCGUACGCGAUUCGACUCACCAUUUUGCUUAGCGCCGACCAAGCAAUAAAAAGUUCGUACUUAUCAUGAUGCCCAUAAUAAUGGUGAAAAAUGUAUGUAUAACAUUAUUGUCGCAGUCGCUUAUUGUUUUAGUAAAGCACUUCUUUUUGUUUCUCCUCCCAGACCCAGACAUGUCUUCCUUUCAAUAGCCCCGGACGCAAGAAAAGAAGGUGAAUUUCAGAGCGCACUCCCGCCGGUUAACUGGUCAGUCGCCAGGCGGCUUGGGUGCUAAGACAUUUUCGAAUCUGGACAAUGCAGAAGCGUACAUAAGCGAGAAGCUGCUGCCCGAUAUUCGCGAAAAGCUCGUGACGGAGCAGAAGCUGUUGCAUCGUCUGGUGUGCUCGUUGAAGAAGCUGGCAGCCAAAGACAGACACAAUGAUGAAGACCGAAAAAAAGAGACCGCAAGCGAUAUCGCACAGUACACAGCCCAAUUCGAGCAAAAUCGAAGUAAGUUGAAGCAGUAUUUAGACUUACUGCCGGAAGAAGAAAAGCAAGGAAGUGGGAAGGACAACACUCCUAAGGCUCGGAAACGCACGAGGAUGACGAAUUUUCUUUUGGGCAGAACACUUGGCUCCGGCUUGGAUGAAAAGACCCGCGAACAAAUUAGUACAGGAGCUGGCGCGGCUACCAUUGUUUGCAACGAGGAAGAAGGUGGCGGUCAGCAAAAGGACGAAAAAUAAUUGCAAGAUGGAGGCCUUAAAGCACUCGACUUUGUGCCUGCAGCCGUGCCGAAAGCGGAAUCGGCGCUGGGGAAGUGACGGUGGGGAGGAACAAUUUGUAUAUGUGCGUUUUAAUUAUCUUUACUGUUUCUGUUAACGCUACGUAGGCGAGGUAAGUACACUCUCUCAUGUGAAGACUUUUUUUUCAAAUUUUUGUUUUCAGCAUCUCGCUUCUCCGCUUUCUUUUUUUUGUUGUCCGCUCUGAUGAAACAUUUGCAACCGCCGGCAAAGAUUUUUCGUAUCUGUUAUCACUCCUCGACCUCGGAUAUGAUGUACUCGCUUUCAUCGCUACUCAUUGACUAACUGUAAAUGAUGUACUUGUCCCAAGCUCAACACUAAGGGCAAUAAACAGCAGCUGCAAUAGCCCUCAUUGACGCCUCCAGCCUGCUGAAAAAAAUAAAGAAGCUAUUACUUUCAUCUGAAAUAUCUAACGAGCACGAGCUGACAUUGAGAUUUUGACUUUCAUUCACGGCAGCUUUCUUUUCUUCAAACGUUUUUUGCUGUAUUCUAGUUUAUGACUUCAUCUGCAUUUUCUUCACCACAAUCUAUCACUUAUAAGCGCGUGCUAUACAUAUAAAGCACAUCAGAUGUGCUUGUUACUGACCUUGUAGGGCCAUACCGAUUUGCAUUUUUUACAACAAACAACGACGACCUGCCAAAGAACUCGCUCGAAUCUGAAUUUGAUGACGCCGUUGAGCUGUAUUACCUUUUUUUACCAUUUUUACCAGUAUCUAUCAACAUAAUUGACUGACAGUUCUUGCACUUUUGUUUUUUCUCAUCUUUUGCCUCAUAUCGCUAUACAGAGUUUCCUCUGUCGCUUCUCUAUGUAACAUCAAUAUUUUUCACCAUUUUUUUUUGAGUCUUUGUGUUUGCUUUCUCCAUCUCCUGCUAUUCUGUGUCCACCCCCGCCUUUCCCGAAAUAAGUCUCAAAUAUCGAAUUAUCAAUCACAAUGGUCUACUACUCUUCAAGAAAAAAACAAAAGAACAAGUAGAAGCCGGCUCUCCUGCUGGGUCCGCUUCGCAGGGCUGAGCUUGAGCUAGAGCAUAGCGAAACGAAAUAGUUCACAGGAACAAACCUGCUGCAGCUUUUGAAAGAUUAGUAGAAGUAGUCCACACGCUGUGAAAAAACGCGCUAUUGCUAUUGGUAUCGACCUUCAAGCGCGGUUCGCUACUGCAGCAUCUUUGUUUCUCGCCCG